CAGAGUUCGCUUUGGUUUCUUGAAAAACACCCAUGCUCUUUAAAACAACAAUGUGGUUAGAAAAGAGGAUAAUGGUUUCUUUUGAAUGCUAGAAUAUUCUGUAAAAAAAUACUCGACGUAAUUUGCCACCGCGCAUUUAAAUAAGCAUCUGGAUAGUUUUAGCCUGUUGAAAUAAAAAUAAUCAAGCCCAAUUUGAGCAUUGCACACUUCUGUAACAACCUCGUCAAAAGGGAUCAAAAAUAGUUGUCGCGGUUUCAACCUUUUACCGUCCUCGUGGAUCAAUCGUCACACUCCAUCCAUCCAGAUACCAAAAGGGCUGUUGCCAAAUGGGUGCCCAUCGAGGUGAGGGACGGAGGGACUGGCUUCAACAAGAUGCUGUUGAACAGCCGCCCAUACAAACUAUGAAUCCAUGGAACAUCAUGAUAAAACACAGACAGGUCUACCGCCGGGGCAGACGCUCACAGAUGACCAUGAGCUACACAGACCCUGUUAUAUCCAUGGACCUCUUGCGAACAGUUCUACAGCCCAGCUUCAAUGAGGACAUUAUGGGAGUCUUCAGAAAAUACAUGAAGUUUUUCGAGAAAGCAGCCAGCAACGUGAAGGAGAACUUAGAAGAGGACGUCCAGACCGAGCAGCUGAUCCGAGAAGCCUGCAGAAACUGCUUGGAAAAUGCCAAACAGCUCUUCUCAGACGGGGAGAAAUCGGCAGUGGCAAGACCCGGCCCUGAGCCUCCAGUCAAGCGGGUGAAACUGGAGGAUGAGUCCAGUCAAAGAACCAGCCCUGUUCCAAAGAAGCGGAAAGGGCGCAUGACAGCUCCUGUCGGUUCCACUUUCAAGCCUACUAUGUAUAGUAAUGUGCCUAAGCCCAAGACAUCAGAGUCCAUAAAGCGUGAGGGACCUAAGUGGGACCCUUCCAGACUGAAUGAAGGGAGCACAUUUGUUCUUGGGUCCAGAGCAAAUAAGGCUUUAGGAAUGGGUGGCACCAGAGGAAGGAUUUACAUCAAACAUGCUGACCUCUUCAAGUAUGCUGCCGAUGCCCAGGACAAACACUGGUUGGCAGAGAGACAGCAUAUGAGAGCUACAGGUGGAAAGAUGGCCUAUCUCCUUAUUGAAGAGGAUGUGCAGGACCUUUCUCUGAGUAAUGAUUACAAAGAUUGCCCUGACCUGAAAAUGACGCCAGUUGAGUUGAAGCCUUUCACAGUUCCCGGGUGGAUGAUUGAGAAGAUGCAGAAGGCCAUGGAGGUCCAGAGUUCAGGGAAGGAAUAGAGUCCUAGUCUACCUUGACAAAUGGUACCCUAUUCCCUAGCCUAUAUAAUACAUUACUGCUGACCAGAGCCCUGUUGGCCCUGGACAUAAGUAGUGUACUAAAGGGAAUAGGGUGCCAUUUUGUGGGCGGCAGGUAGCCUAGCGGUUAAAAGCAUUGGGCCAGUAACCAAAAGGUCACUGGUUUGAAAUCCUGAGCUGACU